ACCACUAUGGAUACUGUGAUGAGACUAGCAUCCCAAAAGGCAGUGGUGAUCUUUAGUAUGAGCUCAUGUUGCAUGAGCCACACCGUGAAAACUCUCUUCCGUGAUCUCGGAGUCAAUCCGGCAAUCUAUGAGCUCGAUGAGGAGCCCAUGGGGAAAGAGAUGGAAGCGAUGCUCAGCAGAAUACUUAGCCACAGGCGACCGGUUCCAGUUGUCUUCAUUGGAGGGAAGUUGAUUGGAUCGACAGAGAAAGUUAUGUCUUUACAUCUUGCAGGAAGUUUGGUCCCAAUGCUGCAUGAUGCAGGCGCGCUUUGGCUCUGAUCCUCUAUUAGAUAUGAAUAUGGUUGUGACUGUAACAUUUAUUUAGUUUGA